GGCUCCAUGCACUGGGAGCCCGACGUGGGAUUCGAUCCCAGGUCUCCAGGAUCGCGCCCUGGGCCAAAGGCAGGCGCUAAACCGCUGCGUCACCCAGGGAUCCCUGAUUUUUUUUUUUUAAGUGAGAAAACUUUGAUAUUUUUUAGAAGCUCCUAGAUGAUGCUUUUAUGUCAGCCAGAGUUAGGGGCAACUAGGUCACACUAUGAAGGUACCCAUUUAGCUCUAUUUAAGCAACCGAGGCCAACCCAAAAUUUCUCCCAAUGGAACUAAACCUGUGCCAUUGAAAACCUGUACCCACACUGGGCAAAGAGGGGAUUGCCACUCAAAAUGAAAACAUAGGGCAGCCCAGGUGGCUCAGAGGUUUAGCGCCACCUUCAGCCCAGGGUGUAAUCCUGGAGACCUGGGAUUGAGUCCCAUGUCAGGUUCCCUGCAUGGGGCUGCUUCUCCCUCUGCCUGUGUCUCUGCCUCUCUCUCUCUGUGUCUGUCAUGAAUAAAUAAAUAAAAUCUUUAAAAAAAUAAAAUAAGGGAUUCCUGGGUGGCACAGGGGUUUGGCGCCUGCCUUUGGCCUAGGCUCCCUACACGGAGCCUACAUCAGGCUCCCUACAUGGAGCCUGCUUCUCCCUCUGCCUAUGUCUCUGCCUCUCUCUCUCUAUCGUGAAUAAAUAAAAUCUUAAAAAAAGAUUAAAAAUAAAAUAAAAUAUAUUUAGGUUAAAAAUUGGGUUUUCUUACUUUAGAUGUAAUUUUAAUUUUUGACUUUCAGUAUAAAUUCCUGUUUUAGCUCUUUAAGCUCUGUUUUUUUUUUUUAAUAGCUGAAUGGAAGAGAGCACAGAAAUAAUCUUAGGUGUAAGGUGAUAAUUUGGGUGUGUUUUUGUGAUUGAGUCAAGUCCAAAACACUAUGCUUCUAUUUGGCACUGUAGGACCUGGGAACAAAGCUUGAAAUAGUUCGCUCUAAGAUAAAAACAAAUCAUGUUCACAGCUACAAUUCUCACCGCUCUAGAACAAUUCUAGAAUGGAACUGAAGGGAUCAUAAUGAGACUCCAACAAAUCAAUUCUGUCACAAGUGUCCCCUGAACUUCCAAGUCCCCACUCUUACAUUUUGCUCAUGGGAAACAUAACCAGGAGAGGCAGCAGGGAGCUGGCUGCAGAGGGCACCAAGCCCCCAGAAGAAGGCCCACCUGCGGCGCUCCACACCAAGCUCUAUGAGGCCAUCAUGAGGGAGGACUGCUCGGCAAUCCAGGCGCUCCUGAGGAGCCACCCAGUCAACCAGCCUAUGACCAUCCUGGCCAACUCCAUCAACUACCGAGUACUUCUGAACCAGCAGACACAGUCCAUCAUCCCCAUUCAUCUGGCUGUCGAAUUCUGCAAGGCACAAAGUUUGCUUUGUUUGUUAGAACAUGGGGCUGACCCAGAAGUAAGGGACACAAGAGGCCUUACCACACUUCACCUGAUGUUACUGCACUGGCCAAUCAUUUCUACCACACGGACAAAACCGGGGAACAGAAUCCAAAGGAUCCUGACAGACAUUCAGAAUAAUGCUAUGAUGUGUCUCCGCAUUUUGUGUGAACACGGAGCUCAAGUCAACGCUCAAGUAGACAACAGCAACAAACAUUCACCCCUCCACCUGGCCAUAACCUAUGGGACCUAUUCAGUUCUCUCUAUUUUAGUCCAAAAUGGUGCCUAUGUCAAUGCCAUUAACGAAUCCAGCAUGACACCCCUUCACAUGGCUGCCAACAUCCUGAAUAAGGAGAUGAUGGAAAUGCUGAUAGCCUGUGGCGCAAACGUUAACUGUGCCGUCUCCUCCACAGGGAAUACAGCCCUCAAGCUGGCAGUGUGCACUGCAUCCAGCAAAGCCGGCCGACUGCUGGCAGCAGGGGUAAGCUGCAUCCGUUUGCUGCUAAUUCAUGGAGCCAAAGUAAAUGCCCGGGACCAUGAAGGUCAAACAGCUAUCCAUGAGGCAUGUUUUGGAGGCAGAAAGGCAAUAAUCAAUCUCCUGCUUGAAUUUGAAGCAAACGUUAACAUAUUAACAAGAAACGGGGAGUCUCCGAUAUACAUGUACCUCCAGCGAAGUUCCAACAUCAGGGACACAGGGCUUCUCGCCAAGCUACUUUACCGCUCUUAUCCUUUAAGACUAACCAAUAACCAAGGGAGUCUACCUGCAGGAAUCAUGCUGCCAGAAUUCCACCUCUUAAGGGAAAACCUAAUAAAGUUAUCUCAAAAACCCUUAUCCCUAGAGGACAUCUGUAAAAGAAACAUCAGAAAUAUUUACGGUGAGAAAUACAAACAACACUUAAAGCAACUUCUCCCAGUGCAGAUCUGGAACUCACUAUAUGGUUAUUAUGACUUAGCUUACCUCUUGAUAUAGGAGCCCAAAGUUUCACCAGCCACAGAAUUUCAGUAACUCACACAGCAUUUUCUGGCUAGACUCAUACACAGAAAACACUUAACUCAUCAUCAUGUACAUCCCAGAUGUACAAACUGGUUCUUAAACUUUUUUCAAAAAAUAAAAUGAUUUGCACGUUAACUUUUUGUUCCCAAAUAUUUCUUUAAAGACAUUUUCGACAAUUUCUUUGUUCAAAAAAUAAGCAAAUUAAAACUCUUCUGCCAAAGAAGUAGAUCUAUUUUCUUUCUUUUUUUUUCUAUCUAUCUAUCUAUCUAUCUAUCUAUCUAUCUAUCUA